CAAAGAUGGCGGCUUCCAUAAUUGAGACAUGCCAUGUAGCAUGCAGCGCAAAUAGGACUCCAAAUGUUGUUUCUUGGGGUCGGGGAGGGACUGUGGCUUUCGGGACGUGCAAUUCAGUGGCCUUGUACGAACCAAAGGAAAGAAGAGUUGUCGCUUUGCUGAAUGGACACAAAGGGAGAGUAAAUGCAGUCAAGUGGGUUCACAAGAAAGACAAUGCAUCAGAGCGUCAUGUCGUCUCAGGAGGUUCAGACAAUCGGAUCAUCCUCUGGGAAGCUCAACCUGGGAAGUUCGUCCAGUCAGUGGAGUGUAAGGGCCACACUGGUCCUGUCAAUGCUGUGGAUGCCGUCUACCUGGAGGACUCUAAGAUCCUCAUUGCUUCUUCUUCGUCCGAUUCCACAGUGAGAUUAUGGCUCUGCAGUGACGACAAAGAAGUUGAGUGCCUCCAUAAUGUAUCAUUUGGAAGCAGUUUCAUGAUGGAUGUCUCUCUAGCUCUGUUGCCCGGCACUGGAGUUCCCAUUCUGGCCUGCGGAGGUGAUGACUCUCGGGUGCAUCUGUAUGUGCAGGAAAGCGGUCAGCUGCAGAAAGCCAUGUCACUGCAAGGGCAUGAAGACUGGGUUCGUGGAGUGAAAUGGGCAUGUACCGGGGACGAGCUGUUAUUAGCCAGCUGUUCACAGGACUCUCUCAUCAGAGUGUGGAGGCUCUGUGCCAAAUCUGGCACAGACACCCACACAGAAGAUGAUCACACCGUCAUCAAAAUGAAAGAGGACGUUUUUGAAGUGAAGGACAGAGGAAUGGUCUCAAGGUUUGCAGUGUCCCUUGAAACUGUCUUGGCAGGACAUGAGAACUGGGUUUAUGGAGUCAGCUGGCAGCCCCCUGUCUAUAAAGGUGGUGAGCUGCAACAGCCUCUUAUCCUACUCUCAGCCUCCAUGGACAAAACCAUGAUCAUCUGGGCUCCUGAGGAAGGAUCUGGUGUCUGGGUGGAGCAGGUGCGUGUCGGGGAAGUAGGUGGAAACACUCUGGGCUUCUACGGCUGCCAGAUGAGUCCGGAUGGCUCGAUGAUUCUGGCCCAUGCUUUCCACGGAGCGCUACACCUUUGGUGCAAGGAUCAGGAUAAAGAGGGAGGGUGGAGACCAGGAGUUGUGAUAUCAGGUCACUUUAAUGCUGUUCAAGACCUGAGCUGGGAUCCUGAGGGGGAGUUCAUCCUCAGCGUGGGCUCAGACCAGACCACCAGACUGUUCACUCCAUGGAGGAAGCAGGACAGUAAACAGGCAACCUGGCAUGAAAUCUCUCGGCCUCAGAUCCACGGUUAUGACAUGCAGUGUCUGGCCAUGGUUGGGCGGUUUCAGUUCGUAUCUGGAGCUGAUGAGAAGGUCCUCAGAGUGUUUCAAGCGCCUCGAAAUUUUGUGGAGAACUUUGCUAGCAUCUCUGGGAUUUCAAAAGAAAAGCUGCUUCAAUCCAGUGGCUCAGCCAGCCUUCCAGAAGGAGCUAGCACACCUGCCUUGGGUCUUUCCAACAAGGCUGUAUUUCAAGGCGACCUUGUCCCGAAGACUACUGAAGAAGAGGAACAGUUCAGCAGUAUAUCUGACCAAUACCAGGAGUCAUAUUUCCACCCGCUCAGCCUGACUGAGCCACCCCCAGAGGAUCAUCUCCUCCAGAAUACACUGUGGCCUGAGGUCCAGAAAUUGUAUGGUCAUGGAUUUGAGAUGUUCUGCCUUGCCUCUGACAGCACCAAGACGUUGGUUGCAUCAGCAUGCAAGGCAUCUAAAGCUGAACAUGCAGCUGUGCUGCUGUGGAGCACAGCCACGUGGCGUCAGCUGCAGACGUUGCCAUAUCACACCCUUACAGUCACCCAGAUGGCCUUUUCACCUGACACAAAGUUCCUGUUGGCUGUUUCCAGAGAUCGCACCUGGUCGUUAUGGAGACGGAAGCUGCCAACACCAGAAAAUCCAGAGCCUUCGUUCUCAUUGUGCGCACACACAGCCAAGGACACAGCCAUGCACAGCAGGAUCAUCUGGUCGUGCGACUGGAGCCCCGACAGCAAAUACUUUGUGACAUCCAGUCGGGACAAGAAGGUGAUCGUGUGGGGGCCAUGCUUGCUGGAGAACUCUGAAGAGCCAGUGUUUCCUCUGGAGAUCAAGCCAUGUUCCUCCAUCUUAGAUGUUGAGGAUUCUGCUACGGCUGUAGCCUUUUGUCCGUCCCUCUGUUCUGAUCGCAGCUACUUACUUGCAGUUGGUCUGGAGUGUGGACAAAUCCUGCUCUACAGGUGGAGACCCGGUCAAGUGGGGGUUUCAGGGAGUGACUGGAUUAGCGGUGGUGGGACAGACAACUUACAAAGCCACACACUGGCAGUGAAGCGGCUACGCUGGAGGCCGCGGGCCGGUCGGGCAGGUCUAGAGAACAGCGAGAUGGAUGGGCCGAGUGACACGGAGAGAAAACUCGAAGAGAAGAGCUUCUGGGUCCAGCUUGCUAGUGCCAGCGCAGACCACUCUGUCAAAAUCUUCAACAUCAACAAACAGGCUCUUUAGCACCGCCACCACUGACACUAUUAUGUCGGUUGCAAGUAGAGAGAGAGGCUUGGACUGAGGGCCAGAGGCCUGUGUGGGCCACACAGACCACAGCUGCUCUCUCCCAAACCAUUCAGUCCCUGUGACAGCAAGUUAGGCCAUGGGUCAGUCAAAGGACAGAACCUGCUGCACAAAAGCCCCGAAGUCUGUCUGCACAGAGCCAAACGGGUUUGAUGGGUGGAAGCAGGAGGGUUAAAACACCAGAACCGCAGGGUGGCAUUUGGUUUGGAUACUUUACAGAGAAGAAACCUUUGCUCUCUAUCUAGCGCAUGCCUAUGGAAAUAUUUGUGUUGGACUGAAUUCUUUAAGACGACAACUUUGUUAAAAAAUGAGCUUUUGUUGUUGCUUGUGAAUAUCUUUUUGUAUUGUCAUAAUUAGGUUUACACCAAAUUAAGAGAAAUAAGAAUUGUUUAUUGGAUAAGUUUUGUGAUUAUUUAUUUAUUUGUUUUUUUUACAUUUUCCUUCUGAAUUGUGUUCAGACUUGUAGCUCUACUUUCCAAGUCUGAAGUCAAGAAUUAUGUAAAAAAAAGAAAGAAAAGAAAGCAAAUACAAGGCAGGCAAGCAAAUAGCCUAAAGUUUCAAAAGUUAUGCCAAACUUUUUCUUUUUAGGAGGAGAGAUUUCUAUAGUCACUGACUUGAUAUAAUCUCCUUCCUAUAUUAGAUAACCUAAUAUUAAUUAGCAAUGUGGUCAACUGAUUUUCAACUGCACUACACAAUAACUGGGAUCAAUUUAAACUGAAUUUGCUUGAAUCCUGUGAUGCACUAGUUGGUACCCCCUCAACCCCGCAAGUAUAGGUUGGUAUAGACAAUAGAUGAGUUGAUAUCAGGACCAGGGUGACAUUAUGUGAUUGGAUUUUAUUGGAACAAAUUGAGUAAAUUCAAUCUGGAUUCCAUAUGAAAUAGGAAGUGGCACCAUUGAGGGGACUUCUGUUGUAAUGCAGCACAACAUAAAAAAAUUUUAAUUUAGAGAAUGCAACUAGUGAUGACAUUAUGUACACAACAUAGAACUGGAGCCUCAAUGCAAAACACCACAGCCAUGCAGGAAGAGAAUAACAGUAUUUAAAAAUAGUAGUCAAUUGGAUUGAAACUGAAAGGACGCAACAAAGACAGAAACAGUAAUGCCAAUGUUAUGAGACAUUAUUUUGAAAACAGUCUGACAUCAGCUGUAAGCAUUUUUUUAUCUCCUCAUGCAGACAACAUUUUAUGAACUGUAUUUAACUAAUUGAUUUGUAUUAAAUAUGUAUUACCAAAGAUUCUGUUUAAUCACAUGGACCUUGUCCAGUUUGCUCUUUGAGUUUGGUGAAAUAUGCUAACAUAUUUUUCAAGGACAAUCCAUGUCAGGAUAUUUACUCUAAAACCAUCCAGGUGUGCCGUCACCAUUAUCUAUCCAUCAUCUAUGCCCGUUGGUGUGUGUGAAGGGUCACCUAUCUCCAGCAGUCAUUGGACCAGAGGAGGGGUACACCCUGAACAAUUUGCCUGUCCGUAAAAGGCUAACAUGGUAAAACUCUCACCAAAGGAUGCAACAUGCCAUGUUUUUGGGGCUGUGGAUGGAAGCCAGAGUAACUGGAGAGAACCCACACCCGCACAGGGAGAACAUACAAAGAGCGCAGGCUGGGUUUCAAACCCAAAAGCAGCCCUCCUUUAUGUGAAUUUGUCUGGGGUCAGUGGUUGCCUGCAGCCUUAUGUCUGUCCAGUCACAAACUGUGUGCAAUCACAAAAACAGAGAACUACUGCUCUUGGAGUAGUUCUCUGUUUUCAAACUAUAAAACUAGUUAUGAGGAAAAAGCUGCUGUACAUCAUGAGGAAUCCCCAACUUUCAUGUCAUGCUAUUAUGAAAGCGUUAUCUUCAAUAUUUCAUUUUAAAAUGGAACAGUCUUCUUGCUUUUCAUCAUUAUUUUUAUGUUAUGAGGUCUUUACUCCGGCUUGCAAACUAAUUCAGACAUUAUGCAAUUUUUUUUUUCUUUUUUUUUUUUUGCAGGCUUGUCGAACAAGCCCUUGACCACCUUUUGGGUGAAAAUAGUUUGCCAUGACGUGGUGCCAAGGACGUCACUUGUAGAAGCCUUUAAAUGUUAGAGAUUAAUCAUAAAAAUGGGGACCAGUGGCACAGCAAAUAAAGCCACUGACAAAGGUUGCUCAGACCUCACGAGUCCUGCUUUAGAAAAGAAGUAAAUGAGAAAAUAUUUGAGAUGAUUAUGUUAUUAUACCUCUGAGUCAGCCAUAGCUCUCUCAGGGUUAUAGUCUGAGAUCAUAAUGGGAAGUAAGAGCACCGUUUUUACACAAUUGAAAUGACAUUUCAUGCUUUUGUUAGACAGACAAAGCCAGCAUGUCAGGAAGAUGUUUUAAAGAGGAAGCAGUUUGCCUUUUAUUGUUAGUUUGUCUAAUCUGUGUAAGUGUGUGUGUGGUCUGUGCUCCCAUUUAGCUUAGCUUUGGUUUGGAAGAAAACAGUCCUUUUGUCCUAAUCUUAUAUUUAGUGGUAGAGGGGAGAUGCAUGCACAAAGUUACACAGCCUUGCAAAACUAUGAAUACCUCUUGAGGUUUUUCACAUUUUUGUCAUGCUACAAACUUAAAAUGCUUUCAGCAUGUAUAUCUUUACUUCAUCAUUUGCUCUUUCCUCUUGAUCCAUAAAGGAGAAACAUGCUUUAUAAACAUGGAUUUUUAGCAGGCCUCACAUGGGGCUUCAGUGAUACUGUGACACAAAAUGGGUCAUUUGACUUUUUUGAGGUCAGAUUAAAAAUUAUUUAGCAAAUGCAACAAUUAAAACUCCACCUUCUGACAAAUGGAUAAAUAGAAAUAGCAAAUAUUUUCAGGAAACUCCAAAAACAUGCAUAGAGAGAAAAGUAACAUGUUAAAUUUGUAUCAAUUUUCUGACUGUUUUUAAAAUCACGAGAUUGAUUAUUUAUUGAUACCUUCUCUUCAUUCUGCCAGCACUGACUAACUGUAGUGUAAUCAAAAUGCAGACAAGUUGCUGCCAUCCAUCCUGUGCACCGACUGGCUCCCCUCAUGUACUUUAAUAAUUCAUCAAGCAUAAUGUUCAAGAGUUUCAUUCCCAAUGUAUUAUUCCCUCUCCCCGUCUUUCUUUCUGACGUCAGCAGGCAUCCCUCUCGCUGUGUCUUUUGUUUGUUGUGCAGAUUAAGAGCUUUAAUAUUGAAUGGGCAUCUCAUUGCAUCACCUCAAUUACCUGUAUUUUUUUUUUUACUGCCUUUAAUAUUUAUCACAUUUAAUAUUUAGCAGUCAUAAAUCUGAGUGACCAACAAUCCUGUGUUCACUUAACAGAUAAUGUGAAGUCCUGCAGGGGAAAAAAAAAAAAUUACGCCCCUUUAAAAAUUUGUAUUUGUUUUAGGAAAUAUUUAUUUCAAAUCCAGUUUUUAAUUUCUGCAAAAGAAAUUUAAAAUAUGCCAAAUUUCAACAUUUUGAUUUUAGCAAUUGGCACAAAAAAUAUGUGUUAUGGUUUAUUCUACAUGCAUGCAGGUACAGAAGCUCAUUGUUUGGCUUUUCAAACUUUAGAAAAGGCCAAGUGUUUUGCUGAACAACGUAUCUUCAUAUCACCAAUGAUGCAUGUAAAUAUAAAAAAACAGUUAUCUUGAGGGAUGAAUUUGCCAUGCGGCCAUUUUAAUAUCAGACUAGAACUAGGCCAUAUCACUUUAUGCAUCUGGUUUCUUGUAAUAAAAAUAUAUUUCAAUAGGCAAGUUUACGCUAUUUAUGUGGCUGUUGCUAUCUUUAUGUUUGGAUGUUGACAUUCAUACGCUCUUGUAAUAAUGUUUAUUUAAUAAACAAAGCCUACAAACACUGUAGAUUUGUAGACACAGCACAGGAAGAUAAAAGAAACGCUGCAUUAUUUUCAGUCACACUUUAUUUAACGAUGAUGUGAAAAGUAAAGGCUGUCCAUAACAUUCAGACAACAAAAGAAGAAUGUUUUUCAAAUAUCCCCAUCGCCCUGCCCUCCUCAUCCCUCCCUCCCCCAAAUAACAACCAAUGGCUCAAAAAAUGUUCAGGUGUUCCAAGUGUGAUACUCAUUUUAUACAAGAUUUUCAUAUCUAGACCUCAUCUGUACAUAACAUAGUUACAGAUACUGUAAAUAAAAAGAAGACUUCAGAUUUGUGAAAUGUUUCCUAUGUAAAAAUGAGAAUGUACGUAAAGAUCUUUACAUAUACAUAUAUAUAUAUAUAUUUAUAUAUAUAGUUCUCUAUUCUUUCUGUAAUAAGAAAACAAGUUAUUGCCCCUCUUAAACAUGUUGCAUUUAACAUAGGUUUUUGUUCACCAUUUUAAAGUUUUAAUUGAACAGAAUGCCAUGUGGUACCACAUAUCAAAACUGACAAAACAGUAACAGCAUGGACCUUCGUGUGUCUCCACGUAAUAUAUAUAUUUUUUGUUAGUGUAACAUAUCUUGGUUUGUGUCGUUUUUCUCCAGUCAACCUGACGAUGAAACAUACAAAGAUGUCCUCAUAUAUGUCACCUUGGUCUUCAAACUGAGAAGGUAAAAAGACCUGUGGCAAAUACAAACCAUCAGCAUGAUGCUAUUUAUUACAGGUUAUUUAUGAGCCCUUGACCCACCGCCAUUGCAUUUGUAAAAUUUAUUCAUUUAUGAGAACUGAAAUAAAUUGUAUUAGAAUAAAAAUAGGGCACAUAAAAAAAACACCUGAUGAUCUGCAUUUGAUAUUUUGGACUGAUCAGAUAAAAUGAUUUCAUAAUCGUUUUAAAACACACAAGUAGAUUAUAGUAGGUUUGUUCGAAAGCUGCUACCUUCAUUUUAUUGCCCUCAGUGAACAGGUGCUAAAUCAGUAGCAUGUUAGAUGAGAUGAUAUUUAGUUAGUCCACUGAGCAUCUUGGCUUUGACAUGUGCGAACUGAUCAAGAGGUAAAACAAAUAAAAUAAAAUAAACGAACGCUUGUAAGGUACUACAGUGGAUUUAAAAAGUGUAAACACCCCUGUUGAAAAAUCUGAUUUUGGGGACAUAAAAGAUUAUUUUAUGAUACUCUUAAAAAAAAUCCACCUUUAAUUUGGUACAUAAAUUCUGUACAUUAUUAACUUGUAUAAUAACAUUUCUGGGCAAAUGGUAAAAAAAAUAUAAAAGAUGGACCCAUAUGUAGAGAAGCUGCACAAGUUUCUAAGUACUGGUUGAAUUAUACGUGUGAUAAUCUCCUCUAAUCCCCAAAAUGUCUGAAUAAGUAAGAUCACUAGUCUGAAGUACUUUCUCCUAAAAAUCAUCCAGGUCUGGAUUAAAUAUUACAACUGUGGUGGGAGAAUUUUUUCAAUUAUUUAUUUAUUUUUUAAAACAAGAACUAAAAGAUGAUUUGGCACAAAAACAGUACAGCAUGUCACCAAAGCAACAUCCACACUGAAACAUAGUGGUGGCUGCAUAAUGCUCUGGGGGUUUCUUCUCUCCUAAGCUGCGCUGUUUUUCAAAACUCCAAUUCUAUUCUGACCCCAAGCAUUUCAAAUGUCUUCUGGAAAGCUGAAUAUGGAGAGAGGUUGUAAUUUUCCAACAUCACAGUGAGUCCAAUCAUACAUUUAUAUCAAUAGAAUAGAAUGACAAUAGAAUGACUUCAAUAUAGAAGAUUUUUACUUCUACCCACAAGGUAGAGAGAGUAAAUGUGGUGACACCUAAAGGCAGCAUUUUCAUAAACUCCUUCAGAGGGCUGCAUGCUAAAAUUGAAGCUAAACACGUUAUUGCACUCGUUCCACCCUAACAAAUUGGUUGUUCAGUUGAAUGGUACAUGUUAUAUGUCAGGUUAAAGGUGGUAAAGAUGUAUCAUGGUCUGUUUUAGAUCAGAAAUAUAGGACUUUUGAACAGGGGUGUGGACCCUUUCAUGAUAAAAUCAAAUUACAGGUGAUAUGAUGGAACAACAGCGUAGCUUUGUCACAACAGUUGCAAAAAAAACCAACCAAAAAAAAAAAAAAAA